AUGUAUGGCCCAGCAGAGUGUACACUCGGCUCUAUCUAUCAUCGUGUUAGCAGUACAGACAUUGAAAGUGGUUUGAUUCCCAUCGGUGUUCCGUUUCCUGGUAUGCAGGCACGAAUUCUUGAUCAAUACUAUCAACCAGUUCUUGUUGGCCAAGUGGGCGAAUUAUUUCUGGAUGGUGUGCAACGUUUUCCAGGCUACUAUGAACGACCUGAUCUCACUGAACGAGCUCAUUAUGGAUCGUUCUAUCGUACAGGUGAUCUUGUCCGUCAAGAUCCGACUACUGGUCAACUAUACUAUUUGGGCCGUCAAGACUUUCAAAUCAAACUUCGUGGACAACGCAUCGAAUUGGGUGAAAUUGAACGGUGUCUUCUGAAGCUUGCCUCCAGUUGUGUUGUCAUCAAAUUCGACGAGCAUCUUGUUGCUUAUGUACAAGGAAAAAAUAUUGAUCUCGAUGAGCUACGUGGUCAUUGUAGAUUACAUCUACCUCAAUUCAUGAUUCCAUCGAUUUUCAUUUCCAUGCAGCGUUUUCCAUUGAACAAAAAUGGAAAACUCGAUCAAAGAGCAUUGCCUAAGCCCACGAACUUGCCAUCACUAUCAAACACCAUUGACAUCGAAUUGAGCACCGAGAUGGAAUUAACUGUGCAUAAACUUUGGUGCCAAGUGCUUCAAUGUGAUGUUCCUAAGUCCACAACAAGUAAUUUCUUCUCGAUGGGUGGUCAUUCAAUGCUUUUAAUGCAACUUUAUCAUCAAUACCAAACCUUGCCCAACUUCAACAGUAGAACAAACCCGAUUACUUUAUUUUUUCGACAACCAACAAUCGGUGAACAUGCUAUGCUCUUGCAACACUCGGUGAAAGAAGUCAAUGAUGAUAAAUUCAAAGAAUGGCAAUCAACGUCCUUGACAGAAGGUAAAUUAAGUUACACAUGAAUAUAUAAUCGUAGUUUUUUAUCGCUCUUCUAUCCGUUUAGCUCCAGCAUCAUUUGCUCAAGAGCGCAUUUAUCUCGACCAACACAUCCGAUUUAGUAGUGGAAAACGCCAUGGAUAUUCCGUCGCUCCCUACAAUGAAUUGACUGUGUUGAAGGUUACCACAGGUUCAGUAUCAAUGCAACGUCUUCGACAGGCAAUCCAAUGGGUUUUGAUGAAACAUCCAACAUUGCGAACUUCUCUCGAUUUUGCCAAUGAGAAAUCAAUGCUCUUACAGCGAAUCACACAAAUACACCAUACAUUCGAUUUUGCACCUGGGCAAACAUUUGAGAAUGAUGACCAUUUCCAUGAUCUUCUUCGUCAAACAAGCGAAAAUCCGAGUCUCUUCGAUUUAACAAGUGGACAUGUCUUUCAUUGUCAACUUUUUCAACAGCGACUUCCAAAUACCAGUGCAAACAACGAAUUUCUCAAUGCACAUGACGUCAUGGUCGUCGCUUUUCAUCAUGCCGCAUUCGAUCGAAGCUCACGUCCAAUCUUCUUACGUGAUUUAAGUAUUGCCUACAAUAAUGACACUCCAUUAUCAAUCGAUGACAAUGCUUUCCAAUACAUUGAUUACUCAGUUCACGAACGUCAACUAGACAUGACAGCAUCCCGUGACUUUUGGCAUGCACAACUUGAUGGAUACGAUUUCGAGAGUUGCUUGUCAUUCCCAGUCGAUCGACAUCGCUUGUCGGACAAUGAACGAUCGGGUCGAGCUUCGAUUGCAGAAGUUUCAUUCAGCGAGAAUUUGUCACGUUCAUUUCUUGCCUAUGCCUCUUCACACAAUGUGACACUCUUCCAACUUGGUCUUGCUGCCUUCUAUACUUUUCUCUUCAAAGUGAGCAAUGGUCAACAUGAUUUGUGUAUCGCUGGUGUCAGCGCCAAUCGAUAUCGAGCCGAACUACGAGAAAUGAUAGGGAUGUUUGUAGCUACACUUCCAUAUCGCAUCCAAUUGGAUCCCACUUCUUCAUUUGAAAAACUCGUUGAACAAGUUCGAGACUUGUGCUUAUCGGUUCUCGACCAUUCACAUUAUCCACUUCAACAGAUCAUCGGUAGUCACCAUUCACCAGCCUUUCUAGAGAUCAUGUUUGAUUUCAUCACUAUCGAAUCGAAGAUUGAACAUAUUGAUCUUGAUGGGGCAGCACUUGAGCCAGUGUCAUUAGAAAAGGCGGACUUUGUGGCAAAGUUUGAUAUCAAUCUCACAUUUGUUCACAAUCCAUCUGGAGGAAUAUCUUUUUCUCUCAUCUGUUCACAAGAUCUUUUCGAUGAGAUCACAGUGAAGUCACUAGCCGACCGAUUUUCAUAUCUUUUGCAUCAAUUGUUCGAAUCGAAUGUAACACUAACAAAGGAACAUUCGCUGUAUCAACUCUCUCUUAUUCUUCCCGAAGAAGAAAUACUAAUUCACACAUUAAAGAACAAUGGCAUCAAUCGAUCGCAAGCGAUAGUUGACACUAUUCCACAAUCAUUUAGCCAAGAAGCAUUUCGUUAUUCACAAAAAGUAGCCGUGGAACUCGAUGAACAAGCACUGACGUACAGCGAACUCCUUUUCUAUGUACAAAAAUUGGCUCUUCUUCUUGUCGAUGUGCAUGGUGUUAAACCGGGUGAUAUUGUUUGUCAAUGUGUAGAGCGAAGUUUGUCAAUGGUGAGAAUAUUGAGAAUAAGAUUGCUUGAUCAGAAGACUUUCUUCUCAUUCUUUAGGUGAUCGGAAUCAUGUCAAUUCAAAUGGCUGGUGCUGCAUAUUGUCCUCUAUCACCACGAGAUCCAUCUCAACGUCUACAUACUCUGUUAAAAGAAACUCAGAGUCGUCUCAUUCUCGUUCAUCAAUUGACUCGAGAUAAAUUCCAUUCCGAUCUUCUCACG